UUCAAAGAACAACCUUAAACCCUCGGACGAAAGUCUUAACUCUCAAUUCUCUCACUUUCUCAAUCAGUUCUCUGAUUCAGUUUCCCGCAAUCCGCAUAGCUCAGUGUUAGAGGCCAUUGACCCCUGAGCCUGAAGGAUUAAUCAGACCAUCAAUACCGCCCAGUUGAAGCUGAUUCAGCCAAACUCGGUGAGUGAGUCAAUUCUGUUUGCUUUUCUCUCUUCAAGACAGCUACUUUUUAUCACACAUAGGAAUAGGAGGACCCAAUUUCUAUUGGGUCUUCUUCAGAAAACUGCUUUCUUUAGCAUCAAAUCAUUUUCUUCAUUAGGUUUAUCUAAACCAAAACAACAAAAUGAAGCUCAAAGACAUUCUUUUACAGUGUCUUAUCUCAUAAACUCAUGUGGGUUGUCACCAAAAUCUGCUCUUUUAGCAUCCCAUAAGGUACACUUUGAAAACCCAGAUAAACCAGACUUAGUGCUUAAUCUUCUUAAAGAGAGUGGAUUCAAUGACACCCAAAUCACCAAACUCGUCACAAAAAUCCCACUGCUGCUUUUAUCUCAUCCUGAGAAUACCCUUUUGCCCAAAUUCGAGUUUUUGCGCUCUAUAGGGGUUUCAGGCUCUGACCUCCCUAGAAUCCUUAGUUUGAAUCCUGACAUGCUGAGAAGGAGCUUAAAGAACAAUCUUAUUCCCUGCUAUGAUUUCCUCAAGAGUCUGCUUUUUGAGAAUGAGAAAGUCAUUACAGCAUUAGGGCGCUCUCAAAGGGCUUUGUUAAGUAAUGGAACAAAGACUAUGGUUCAAAAUAUUGCACUUUUGAGAGAAGUUGGAGCGCCUCCAUCCACCAUCUCUUUCUUGGUGACUCGUUCUCCGUCUGUUGCAUUCAGUAAGCCAAGUAAGUUUGUGAAAGCUGUCCAGGAUGUUAAGGAAAUGGGUUUUGAUCCUUCAAAAGUUGCAUUUGUGCAAGCAAUCUUAGUGGUUUUGUCAAUAAAAAAGCCGACGUGGGAAUAUAAAUUUGAGAUUUUUAGGAGGUGGGGUUGGUCUAAGGAGGACACUCACUUAGCAUUUAGAAGGUUUCCAAAUUUUAUGCUUUUAUCGGAUGAGAAGAUCACAAAAGUAAUGAACUUCGUUGUGAACAAAUUGGGACGGCCAUCAACAGAUAUUCUUAUGAAUCCUGUGGUUCUGAAUUUAAGCUUGGAGAAGAGGAUUAUCCCUAGGUGUUCAGUUGUUCAAAUUUUGUUAGCCAAGAAUUUGAUCAAGAGUGAUUUAAGCUUAGCGACUUUCUUACUACCUAAUGAGAAGUUCUUUUUGGAGAAGUUUGUUAUAAAAUUUCGGGACAAUGUUCCUCAAUUGUUGAGCGUGUAUCAAACUAAAAUGGAUCUUUUGGAUGUAGAAAUUCAAUCUAAGAAGGUAUGUGGAACUGAACUGUUUUAACUUUUUUACUCCAAUAUAAUGUUAUUCUUGCCUUUGACUCUCA